GGUCCUGCUCGUUCCAAGGCACUGGUGGCACUAUGUGGAAUCCAUUGAUCCCAUCACUGUCAGCAUAAACUCUUGGAUUGAACUGGAUGCAGAUCAUGAAGCCCGUGUAGGAGAAGCAAUAACUCGAAUGCUGGUAUGUGCCAUAAAGUCAGCAGAAAAUCCCAGUGAUGGAGAUCUCUGGCUAAAUCCCACAGAGGUUGAAGCAACAUCCCAUGAAAUCAAUCUUCAGUACCUGAAUAAAGCAGUGUCUGCAUAUUUCAAGUGUCAAAAGGCAAGUGUGUCAGAGCAGGCAUGUUCCAGCAGCACCGCUGCAGAGCAAAGGACAAGUGCCUCAUGCAAGAGGAAGAAAAGGGAAGUUGGCUAUGAACCAGAGCGCUGCGGAUUACUAACCCAUGAAUUUGGCUUUUCAACAUUUAAAGCAGAAAAGCUGCAGAAAAUACCUUUUGGACCUCAUCUUAUUCAAGUUUUACCACAGUCUCAAGAAGCAAGCUCGAUGGGUGCAAUUGCAGUUGAAAGUGACGGUAGAGAUCUUCUCCAUGAAAAUGAAGGAGGACAUUUUGGAAAAUUACACUGCACCAGGAAGCAAUUGGUAAUGAGUAAUGACUGUGAAAUGCCUGCACAUGAAAUGGAUUCGGACGGCAGUCCAAGUGCUUCACAAACAGCCCUUUCUACCAAUGAUUUGCUAGACUGUUUGGUUAAUCCACGUGUCAUCAAUUUAGUGACUCGGCUGCUGUUGGAGAGAACAGGAGUUUGAUGCCAGAGUGCUAUAUCAUUUCUGAAAUAAAGAAAUUAAA